AUGUCGUCCUCCCAACAACCCGAAAUCUCAAUCCCAGUCCCCGUCUCCCUCACGUCCACAUCAAUGACCCUCCCCCCACCAACAUCCCAAGCCCUAAUCGCCCAUCUGCGCGCAACAGGCGAUAUAUCGUCCCUCUCCGGCCUCCUAUCCGACUCCCUCGCCCGCACCGGCUGGACCGACCGCGUCCGCGCCCUGAGUCUCGAACUCCUCAGGAACGGCACAUGCGACACAUUCCCCGAACUCAUGUCCGAAGUCCUACGACGGGCCAAGAUUCCCAACACUGGCAGACACUCAGAUGGCCCCAGCUCCUCCACCUCAGCGUCCACAAAGAAGAAGGACGCACAAGCAAACGGUACGAUCGCGAACGGCAACGGCGCAAUCGUCUUGAGUAAAGAAUGGAGCGGUGGGCCAGAUGGUCUACCGGACAUACGAAUCCCCGAAAGUACAGUGGAAACGGGCGUGGAGUUUCUGAAAGAAAAGAUCAAGCAUGCAGUCGAACCUAUCGAGGAUGAUAGUGAUUGA